AUGAAUCUCACGGCCGCAUUGAGGGUACAGCGGGCUUGCGUUGCCCGUCGCAGCAUCUAUCUUCCCCGGAGGACGACGCAAUGGCGCAGCUAUUCUUCUGCUGUUUCGGAUGAUACACUUCCCUUGAAAGGUAUACGAGUUUUGGAUAUGACACGAGUUUUGGCUGGUCCAUACUGUACCCAGAUUUUGGGUGAUUUAGGAGCGGAUGUUAUUAAAGUCGAACACCCCGUGCGCGGUGAUGAUACUCGAGCGUGGGGUCCCCCGUACGCCACGUACACCGAUGGGUCCGAAGGUCCAGGGGAGAGUGCCUACUAUCUUGGAGUAAACCGCAACAAGAAAUCAAUUGGUCUGUCUUUCGCUCAUAAGUCCGGUGUAGAGAUUCUACACCGGCUGGCGAAGGAAUGUGACGUCCUCGUCGAGAACUACCUUCCUGGUAGUCUUAAGAAAUAUAAUAUGGAUUAUGAGACCCUGCGCUCCAUCAAUCCUAAACUUAUCUACGCCAGCAUCACCGGAUACGGUCAGACUGGGCCAUACAGUAACCGUGCGGGGUACGAUGUCAUGGUCGAAGCGGAGAUGGGUCUGAUGCACAUCACGGGUAGUAGAGAGGGGGAACCGGUGAAGGUAGGCGUUGCUGUGACCGAUUUGACCACUGGUCUGUACACAUCGAAUGCCAUAAUGGCUGCCUUGCUUGCGCGAGCGAGAACUGGUAAGGGACAGCAUAUCGAUGCAUGCCUGAGCGACUGUCAAGUUGCGACCUUGGCGAACAUUGCCAGCUCCGCUCUGAUCAGUGGUAAGAAGGAUUCGGGAAGAUGGGGAACCGCACACCCAUCCAUUGUGCCUUACCGAAGCUACAAGACGCUCGAUGGCGAUAUUCUUUUCGGAGGCGGGAACGAUAGACUGUUCGGUGUGUUGUGCGACCGACUUGGACACCCGGAAUGGAAGACCGAUCCCCGAUUCGUUACCAACAGUGAUCGAGUAAAGCAUCGUACGGAUAUUGAUGGUUUGAUUGAGGAAACUGUAAAGCAAAAGACCACGCAAGAGUGGCUUGAGAUCUUGGAGGGCAGCGGCAUGCCCUAUGCCGCAGUCAAUGAUAUUCAGGGAACGUUGAACCACUCCCACGUCCAAGCACGAGGCAUGGUUGCAGAAAUUGACCAUCCAGCCUGUGGUCCCAUCAAGUUGGUGAAUACACCCAUCAAGUAUUCCCACGCGACCCCUGGCAUUCGGACACCGCCCCCAACCCUGGGGCAACAUACGGACGAAAUAUUGGGGGAGGUACUGGAGUAUGGCAAGGACGAUAUUGCUCGGCUAAAGAAGGAUGGCGUAAUAGCAUAG